AUGCCCGAACCCGAGCAAGAAGCCCAGCAGGGCGGUGGAAUGAUGCGCAAUGUGCUCCAGAGCAUCGGUAUCUUCCUCUUAGUCCAGUUUGCUCUGAAGCAAUUCGGAGGUAUCGGAGGCGCGUCGCCGGCUACUAUGACUCCGGGUGACGACGUCUCGAAGGGCAGCGUGGCGCCAGGUCCCAAUGCCAACGUACCUAUCCCCGCAUACUCGAUGCGUCCCGACCAUAUCGAUCCGGCUGUGCCAUGGAACCCUGUGCCGCAAGCUGUUGCGCCGAUUUGGCCUGAGCCAACCGAGCUGGAUAUAUUGAUGUACAUCUCGCCGUCGUUGAUUAUGCCGUCGCUGAAGAACAUGCCCGAGGAAUCGCUCCUCAUUGAAGAGAAGGGAUUCAAGUUUGGUGACUAUAACGAGAAGCGGGAGGUCAAUACCGAGUUCCCGGUCCCGAAGGAGGUUCAGAACAACGGAACACUGUUUGCGCACUUCUAUGUUGGCCAGUCGGGUAGUGUGCUGGAUCCUACCGCACCAAACUAUGACAAUUCGAAGGCAUACCAUUUCUACCGGUCCUUGACCCAAUACCUCCCGAAGAAGAAGGUCAAAAAGACGCGCAACUUGCUUGCUAGCGCAAAUGAGACUGCCGAACAGGACAUCGAGGAUGCGGCUCCGAAGACCAUUGCCUCGUACUACCAUUCCAACUUCACGAUAUCUUUGAUUCCGGAUGGCGGUGUGCAGAACUACCCAGUUUUGCAUCCAGGUGUGCGACAGUAUAUUACACUUGAACAGACAGGGGCUAGAGACUCGACUGGUCAGAAUGGCUGGUACUAUCCCAUUGUCUUUACCAACACCUUCUGGCAGCUUAAGAAGCAUAUGACGGAGCUCAAUUCGACCGUUACUACACUUCCGUUGAACGUGCACCUGAACCAUCUCGCCAACUGGAAGUUCUCCAUCAUAGCUGCCAUGGAUGAGGGCUUGAAGGCACAGGCGGCCGCUGCGGCAUCAGGCCAGGCUGCCCCAACUGGCGGCGACGGAUCUGAAAUGGAAAUGUUCAAAGAAAUCCUCCUCGACAGUAACUCGUACCUCCUCGGCCUUACCUUCUUCGUCAGUAUUCUCCACAUGAUCUUCGAAAUGCUUGCCUUCAAGAGCGACGUUUCCCAUUGGCGCAAGAAGAAGGACAACGUGGGAACCUCGGUGCGCACUAUCCUCGCGAACGUCUUCAUGCAGAGCAUCAUCUUCCUCUACCUCAUGGACAACAACGACAACACAUCGUGGAUGAUCCUCUUCGGUCAGGGCAUGGGCAUUGCCAUCGAAGCGUGGAAAAUCACAAAAGCCGUCAACGUCCGCGUCCGCCCGACCCCCGCAGGGAGCUGGCUGCCAUACACCGUGACGUUCGAAGACAAGCACGUCCUGUCCGAAACGGAGAAGAAGACCGAGGAGUACGACCAAAUUGCGUUUAAGUACCUCUACCGUGUCGCAGUCCCGCUCCUCAUCGCAUACGCUAUCUACUCCCUCAUGUACGAGACCCACAAGAGCUGGUACUCCUUCAUCAUCGCCACCCUCGUCGGCAGCGUCUACGCUUACGGUUUUCUGAUGAUGGUGCCGAGUCUGUACAUCAACUACCGCCUCAAGUCCGUCGCUCAUAUGGCUGGAAAGGCGAUGAUGUACAAGACCUUGAACACCUUUAUUGACGACCUGUUUGCGUUUACCAUCAAGAUGCCGAUGCUGCAUCGCCUCGCAACGCUCAGAGACGACGUCAUCUUCUUCGUCUACUUGUAUCAGUCGUAUAAGUACAAGGUUGAUCACACUAGGGUCAACGAGUUUGGCCAGGGUGGUGAUGAGGAGGAGACAGCGAAGCUGGCCGCGAAGCCGCUUACUAGCGCGGCGGGGGCGAGUGUUGAGGGGGAGAAGAAGGUUGAGGCGAAGGAUGCGGCGAAGGCGACGGGGAGUGAGAAGGUGAGUCAGGGAAGGAGAAGGAAGUAG